AUGGCAUCCAUUUUCACAACUAACCCUAAUACAAGUCUCAGAUUUGUCCGAACCGAGUCUGUGUCCCAAACCCCACCAGUCGGCCCGGAAAACAUUUCCCAACUAAAAGCAAAGCUAGACCCUCUAUUCGCAGCACACAAAGAAUUGUCAGAUCGAGUCGACAACCUUUUGAAGAAGAAUAACGAGAAAUUACCGAGCGAUAGUGAUGACAAUGUUUUGCAUCUCGCUGUUCAAGAAUCGACCGAGACCCUAAAAGGAGUCAUUUGGAGCUUAAAUAGUACCAAAAAGUUUGUUGAGAAUGCAGAAUCGAAUCUGGAAUUAUUCCACAAUAGACUCCCGCUCACAAAAUCAGAAAUCGCGCGUGAAUACUACCAUGUACGUCUCGACCAAUACUCGUACUACUGCGACAAUCUGUUCCCAGUGAAUUUCGAAUCGAAUCAAAGUUCUCUGGAACGUGUAAGGCAGGGUCUUAAUAAGAUUGAACGGGCGAUUGCGAUAAAGAGUGGUCAAAUGAAUGUAGAAAUUGGGCAGCAACAACAACAGCAGCAGUCUGAAGUUGUCAUGGCGAAUACGCAAGAACAACAACAAGAAACAGCAGCACCAUCACAAAUUGUACAGAAUAUCGAAGGACAACGAAAAUUGAAAGAUGUUCUUGGCGUUGCGCAAGAACAAGGAGAAAAACCAAAGGAAGCAGAGGCAAGUCAAAAACAGAUAGAAAAAGAAACAUCAAAUAUACAAACGCAGGGUCAAAUUCCAUCAGCACCCACACCUACGAAUAUUGCAACACAACAACAAAUCAAACCACAGACACCACCAAGAAAUACACGAGCUACUAUUCAACAACAAAAAACAUCAACAACUCAAAAUUCGCCACAAAAUCAACAAACAACACCACCACCAAGACAUACUGCAUCAAUUACCGGUAAUAAAGUAUCGCCACCAGCAAAUUUUUCUCAAAUGUCUCCAGCUCAACAAGCUGCAUUCCUGAGACGCAGCCUGAAUGCUAAAGGAAAAUCAACAGUUGCAGCUGUUACAGCAAAAACUACCCCCGUGAAUGCUCAAACACCAAGUGGUCAACAACAAAAAACCCCUGUGACAAAACGCACACCAACCUCUGCAACAGGAAAAAUACCAAAUUUCCCUACGCCAUCUGGUCAACAAGCCACCGCCACACCUGUUAGAACUACUACCAACACAGGCAAAUCUCCAAAGACACUUGGUAAACCAGCCACUCUUGUGACUCCAGUCAUUGCAGAGACUUCACAACAAUCAAGUUCGUCAAUCAAUACAGCAAUCUCUACACAAGAACCGCCCAUUAUCGUUAUUCUUUCUCCUGAUUCACCACAAGUUCAGCAACAACCACCUACGCUCCCACAAAUGACGCUUUUAAUAGAAGAAAUACCAGAAAAUGCACCUAAAAUUGAACAUAUGCAAAUAGAUCAGCCUGAAAUUAUAGAAGCAGCUUCUCCCGCACCUACAACUGAACCUCAAACUAAUCCCGAUCUAAUGGAUGUGGAUGAAUCAAAAACUACUAAAGACAAUAAUGAUAAUAAUGAGCUAAUUAUAGAAAUACUGGAAACUUCGGAAUUCCCUUCGUCUUCAGCAAUUAACCAACAGCCGGAACUUAUUAUUGAACAACCUCCGUCUGAAAAUGUGACUGGUGAACAAAAUCAAUAA